UUUUUUUUUAUUUUAUUCAUUUUAUAUUUUCUUAUCUGGUUUAUUCAUACUUUGCUGUCUCAGAAUGAACAAGUUAUUCCUUUUCAACCUCCUCUUUAUGUGCUUUAUUGGAGCCAUCUCUGCAUUUGAUUAUUGUCACAAGUGUGUUCAAGCUGGCUCUGGAAGCCUUCUUGGCGUUGGCCCCAGUUAUACCGCAGGAGACGAAUGUGGAUUCAAGAAUUACAGAAAGCAGCUUGGUUGUUGGGCCUCAGAUGUGGAUUAUAGUGCAUGUAUGGCUAAAAAGUGUAUCGCCGCUGGCAAAAACUAUUCAACUCAAUGUAUCCUUAGCAGUUCUAGAACUGGUACAUUCUGUCCUUAAUUGUUAUUAUAAUAAUAAACAAUGUCUUAAUUCAUGUUAACAUGAAUUCAAUAUAAACCGUC